AUGGAGGAAGUCAACCACCCCCCUUGGGAAGUUGCCUUCUGGAAAAACUUUUUCACGAAAAAGAGGCCCCCCCCAAAUGGGUCAUCCCCAAUCCAUUCUUCCGUGCACAUUAAAAACCACGCUACUCUACAGUUGAAAAAUGUUUUCAUUAACAACUACACCAUCAGUGGAGAGCUUCCACUGGACGAGUUCCAUUGCGCCCACUUAGGGGGGAAAGACGUGGUCAUCCACAAGGGCAAGGAAACAUACAUGGCGAACUUCAAAGGUAGAAAUGUGGAUGGGUUUGGAAAAAUAAUUUCUCAGCAACUUAUUUAUGAGGGGUACAUACGAAAUGGUGAGAAGUGUGGUCAGGGGAAAAGCACUUUCUUUUUUCUUCCUUCCGAUGACAAUACUCAAUCAAGCGUAGUCAUCUACAAAGGAGAGUGGAAAGGGAAUAAGCGUAACGGAUACGGGGUUCUGUUUAUAAGGGAGAAUGUGAAUCAACCAAGUGUGAAGAGGUACGAAGGUUGGUGGAGACAAAACGAGAGGCACUUGUAUGGUGUCCAAUGGUACUCCAAUGCUGUAUACUGUGGUUUUUGGAUGAAGAACAGAAAGUGUGGUUUUGGAAAGAUGUGGUGGUUUGUGAAAGGAAGAAACAGAAAAGGUAAGGAACGGAAAAGUGGGAGCUGGAAAGGGGAAAGCUAUGAACCAUGUAAGGACAUGACUUCUGGGAGAUCCCCCCUUCAAAAAACCAACAGAACCAAGAAGGUAAUACAAAACAUAUAUGUGGGGGAAUGGCAAAACGACGAAAUGCACGGGUAUGGAACCUACUUCUGGUUCGUGAGACAAGGAAAUAGGAAGAACACCCCUUACCAAAAUGAACGCUACAAUAAGUAUGAAGGUUACUGGAAAAGGGGGAAAAUAAAUGGGUUCGGAAUUUUCCAUCACACAUGUGGAGAUACAUAUUGGGGUUAUUGGAAAGACAACAAAAAACAUGGACAAGGGUAUCUUCUAAAAAUAAAUGGUACAAUUUACAAAUGCAACUACCUCAAUGGAGAAUUCACAGCUCAGGUACAGCUCAACCAGACAUACGUAAUGAAUCACUUGUACACGAAUUCCAUCUGCCAGGUUAUCAACCUAGGGAUUCUUCUCCAUGAAAACUCAAACUUAACCGACAGUGAUAUAAAAUAUCUUUACAAAAUUGUUUAUGAUCAUUUUGAUCUCCUAAUAAAGGUAUAUGGUUUGUAUUGGCGAAAGGGGUGGAAGGAAAAACGUAUAGGAAGGGGGAAGAGGAGAGACAACAAAAGUAUUGACAAGGAAGAGAUUGUCCACUCUCCCCUCGGAAGCUUCAAACUGAAGAACCUCUGGCACAUGUUUUACGAUGCUAAUAUUAUCCACAGUAGUUUACCCCUUAGCUCGCUAAACAUGUUGGUAAAAGACGAUAUGUCAAUAGGUGAACAUAUAAAUUUGGCUAGUCUCCUUUGUGAUAAUUACAAUUGGGUAGAUGAGGAUACACCCCUGAAUGAAGAACAAAUGGUGAAGAACUUCAUCCAGUUUGGUCGCCCAUUAGCAGAGAACUUUCUUUUUGAACGCCGAAAAGAGGGGCAUAGAAUGAAGACAACCAACCAGGGGAAUCAUAACCCCAAUAUUAAUCAAGUUAAUCUGGGUGGUGGUAUCAGAUUGGAUGUAAGUAGCAGUCGCAUGAAUGGACAAAGUUGUGAGGAGUAUAACGCAUUAGGUGUGGCAAUCCAUCCAGUGAGCAGAGAGCCAUACGAAACACAAAACCCCAUGGCGUACAUCCUUUUCAACAGAAAUCUCUUUCUGGUGAAAGGCUUUGCAAAGUUUUAUAAAAACCAAUGGAAGAAUCAGAGGUGUUAUCAUAUGAAAGAAGCAAAAAUAAUAUUAAAAAAAAUAUACUUCUUUCUUUUUACAAAUAAAAGCAGACAUGAGAAUGGCUAUCUGUUCUACGUCUUGUUUAGUGUGUUCCACUCUUCCUUCCCCAUGUGGUAUGCAUUAGCGCGCAUGAGCAGAGCGUGGGCGGUUGGCCGCACAGGAGUGAGAAAAGGGAAUGGCAAUAGCGGUAACAAUGGAAGUGUUGACUUAUGUGGAGAUACCCGUUGGUGUGCCCACUUGAAUAAACACCUCGCCCUUCUAAACUUAGGCAGAUAUAACAUUCACGAUGAAAGGAGGAAAAUCUCCUUUAACUCAUUCGUGUAUACAUUGGUACGCGUGUCUUUGUACCUUCGCGAUCAUCGAGGCGAGCAUCAUACGCACAUCAUGCUAAGCCUACUUAAUGAACUGAAAAGAUGUGUGAGCAAAAUGGACGGGCAGAAACUGCACCCACAGAGCGGUCACAUCAAGGGAGGUUUACUGAAGGGGAAGAGAAGAACGAAGCGAAGUCGAAGCAACCAAGUGGGGUGCAAACGGCCCCUCAACAAGUGUGAAAAAAAGGGGGAGGAGGAAAAGUGGGCCGUAAAUGGGAAGAAGGCUAUCACUGAGAACCGCGGGAAUGUCGUCUGUCCCAAAAAAUACACUCAUCUAGCGCUUUGCCAAGGAUUACCCCCCCAUCGAGAUGGCGAAAGACGCCAGAGAGGAGGAAAUUUUCACAAAAAAAAAAAAAAAGAAAAAGUGAAAAAAGUGAAGAACUCUGCGAAAAAGGUGAAAGCCUUGCCCAGCUGUGCCAUCUGCUGUCACCGUGGCGCACCGCCAAUCAAAUCGAAUGAAAAAAAAAAAAAAAAAGGUUCCACCUCGAGUGGUAAAACAUAUCAUACGGCCUUAGUGAACAUCCUGGACAACUUCGUCUACUACUUCAUUUUAUACUACCUUCUGUUCAACUCAAGGGAAGAAUGUUUUUCACUUCUCAGUGCAAAAUUAAAUGUGUCCCUGAGGCUAGGAGAUGUGCUAAAAUUUUUACUAAAGUUGAAGCUAACAAGGAAGGAUGAUACCACUGGACGCGAAUCAAAGAGUAUCAACUUGAGCCCGCACCACCACUACGACGACUACCGCUCACUUGGCAGGGGGCGAAAAAAAAUUAAGGUGAAAAAGUGGAAACCGUUGUACAUCCUGAACUGCGCAGAUAAAAGGGAAGAAAAAGAAGGGACAACAUUACCUCAGCGGCAGACGAAUAAUAACCACUCUAACGAGGAGAAACAUAUAAUGUCAACCGCAAAGAGGAAUAGCUACAUUGCACACACAGCUAGCCAUUUACAGUAUAUGCGCAAGAAAAAGAAAAAAAAAAAAAAAUCACAAUUUCACCUGAACCGUCCAGGCAAAAACGACAGAAGGAAGAAGAAAGUCUUAAAAAAAUUCUCGCGUAUGUUCUGCUUAUCCUUCGUCCAAGUGUUGGCAAUCCUUGCGAAAACGUUAAACACGCCAAACUUGCACUUAACAAAUGAGUCUAAUUUGCAAUUGUGCCCCUCCCGUGGAAACGAAAGGGAAAAAAUCAACAAACACCGCUUGCAAAAUAAUGCGGUACGCUACAUUGUCUUAUUAAACGAGGAGAAAAAAAAAAUUCUGAACAAAUUUGUCACAUGUGAAAAGCGGAAAGGUUACUCAGAGGAACUUCUCUCAAAUCGGAAAAAUGGCGAGACAAAGGAAGAAUCAACCUGCCCUGUACACACCAAGGGGUAUAAGAACAAACUGCUGAAGGAACUGAGUGAACAGGUGAAACAACUUGAAGUGGAAAAUUUGGAACAAGUCGCAAACGAUUUGCCACCCUGUGUGCAACUUGAAAACGGAAAAAAAAGAAACAAGAAGGGGGGGAGGACAGAUGAAAAGAAAGGAACAAAGCGGAUCCAUACGAAUGUGGAGGAAAGCCCCCUGGUGAUGUCGCAUGAGGGAGGAAACGCACAUGUGCGCAUAAAACUAAAGAGCCAAGUUGGAGUGGAACUGCAUCGAUUGAGAAAGCGGUUCGCUCACUCCCGGAAGAACUACAUGAAUGUUCUCGAUUACUACAACACGUGCAUAACUCCCUACGAAUUGAGUUUGUUUUUUUUAAGAUUCGUUCGAGCGGUAAAGCGGAAAAGGGGGAUCAACAGUUCGUACAGUGACGUGUUGUUCUUUUUCGUUUUCCACGUUUUGCUCCACAGGACCUUCCGACUGGCGCGGCAGGCGGGCGCUCACCCAUGA